UACAAUGGUAGAGGAAGCAUCUCCGGCAGACCCAUGGGCAGAUUUUCGCCCAAGCGCUCCAAACGGUGUGCCGCACUGCCGAAAUCACCCAGAAGAAGAGGUCUUCGAUCGCGGGUAUUGCGAGCUCUGUGACUGGGCCCUGCAGGUCGUAGAGGCACAAGCAACAGCCAUCCUGGGAGACGCACCGGAGCAAACGUCAUCUAGGCGCUACUUCUUCCUGUGCCCCGACAAGCAUGCCUUCACCUCUCGUUUGAGUGGUGCUGAUGCCCUCUGCAAAAGAUGCCGUGAUCACAGGGUGAAGUACAGCGUCGCCAGCAUGGGAUAUGAAGAGCCUUGGCCCACCCUGACAGAGGUUGGACCUCAGCUGGGCUUUCGAGACGAGCAGCAACGUCACAUCUGCUCGUUGAUGGUGAGGGUAGACCCCAAUGCCUUGGACCUCCGACAAACCCAUGUAGCGUUGGUAAAUUCUUUCAAGCAGAAAAGCCUUCAGGCUUUGAUCCAAGUCUGCCAAAAUACCAUUGGUGAUCUUGAUGGACCUGGUGAAGGACCAACCAGGAGUGGUUCAAUCAACCAGAUUGCAUCGAGAGCAGGUAGUGACGUAGUCCUACAGGAGCUUCAAAAGAUCAGCGCGGCCCUGGAGGCUCUGGUGGAAAUAGCGCAGCAACGAGACGUGGAAAUCUGCGGCAAGACAGUUGUUCUCAUUGGCGGCAAAUCAUUCCAAACUUGGAAAUGGUGCCGCACCAAGGAAGGAAACUGGUCAGAAGCCCCCAACGCUUGUUCUCGCGACAGUUUCCUGGGCAACAUUGCGAGCAAACAUGGUCGACUGCGAGAAGUCUCCGUGGCAGUGGAAGUGAAGGGGGAGCGUUUCCACCGUGCCGAGGAUCAGCAAGGUGCAUAUCGUGGACUCAAAGUCAACAAGGAAAAUCACUUCGUUCUCAUUGUCAGUUCAAUGUGUGCUCGUCAACGCAUGGAAAUCUUGCAGCACUUGCCUUUCCAUGGAAUUGUCGAGCUCCUGAAAUCCGGCGGCCGCUCUCACCACGACCAAAAGCACUGCCGCGGCUGUGACUUCUUGGGCCGCUUAUGCGGAGCUUCCAGAACUCGGUCCGUCGUGCGGACGCAGGUCUGUGGUCAUGAGAAGAGCAAGUUGAUUUUGAAGGGUUUGCCGUACGACCAGGACGCACAGAACUGGGCCAGGGCCGCAGAUAUCAUACGUCAGGUGGAAAGGGAGGUACAACGGCAUGACAGUUCAGUGGCGUUGGAGUGGUCGGAGAUCGAAAUCAGGCACUGUCGGCAACACUACCAGAGCGAGGCCGUGGUGCAUUUCUUCCAGGGGGAACUGCCAUAUCAGAUCAUCGAACAGGCGCGCGAGGUGAUGAUGCGUGAGCUUGAGGAAGCCGAACUGACAGUCCGCGCUGAAUUUGAAGGACAGGCUCCCGGCAUACUCUACGUAGCAGACUGCCACGAGGAAUCUCCAUACUCUUUGGAUGAGAUCAACAGAGUUGUGACUCAAAUCGGCAGUGAAUGUAUGGGCUGGUUUUCUCAGCACGACCAUUCAGAGAUCCCCCGCAUUCGCCUCAUCAGUGCGCCCCACUGGCUGCAGCGGGCAGUGAGUUUGUUGCCACAGAUUUCAUGGCGAUUCUAUCGUCUGACCCUGCCCUGGGAAGUCCUUCGUCACUUCGACCGCAGUUUUCGCUUGGACUUGCCUCCCGCCUGGGCUGAGCGUCUUCAUCAAGCAAUGAGGCUCUCCCAGCCACUGGAAAAUUUGAGCCCAGCAGCGGAGGUCUUCAAAAACCAUGCUGCGGGAUUGGUCAGAUUGGGGAUUUUUCCAACCAAUGUGCCUUACCACUACAAUCAGAUCUGUGAAGAGUUGGAGAGCCAAUGGUGCACUUUGUUACGCCAUGUGUAUCUCUUCGGGAAGCCCACCUCAGCCCGACGUGAAUCCGUGGCGCGUCAGGCGGAAGCCGAGGAGGCCUCGGAGCCCUCGGACGAUUCGGACGAUGAGACCCGGGCGCCCAGCCCCGAUCCGAACGACGCCACCGACGCGAACGACGCGAACGACCCGAACGGUCCGGAUGCGGCAGCCCCUUCGUCGCCCACGGCCGCAUCGCCUCAGUCCCCUGCAGCCUCCUCUUCAUUGCCAGCAGGACCGUCCAAUGGCCCUCCACCUACCAGCCGGAUUCGCUGCGGACGCGCAUGCCUAAACUUCUGCUCUACUGCUGGGGAGAGUGUGGAAGGGGAUCCAUUGGACGGCUACUACACUGAUCUGGCGAUUGGCGAUUGGGCCAUUUGGAAACCGGAGCUUGACUUCAAUCCGCAGCGUGACUCAAACGGCUGGUCCUUAGCCACACUUCGGGGAGAACGAGAUCAACACGAUCGUCGAGGCUAUGUGCCCAGCAGCUUCUUGCAGCCGAUGGAGGACUACCGGCACUACAGCGGGAUGCCUUUGUGUUUCGAAGCGGAGCUGGUCUCCCGUGGCUUCGAGGGUCGUCCCAUGGCGCGGGGAGGCACCUCUGAUGUCUACCAGGUGGCGUUAGAUGGAGGUACAGUUGCGGCCAAACUGCUGCAUGACCGGGAGAGCAAGGCUUUGCUGUGUGCCAUGCAUGAUACGGCCGAGCUCUUUCGGGCAGAAGUAGAAGCGAUGAAGAGGCUGGAUCACGAGAACAUUGCCAGCAUGCUGGACUCUGGUGUUACCACUGACGGACGAUUCCUGAUCAUAGAGGAAUUCGUUUCAGUCCACACGUUGGCGGAGUGCUUGGACAGCAAUGGUUUCUAUUUCGAAGAACGGAUGAAAGUAGCACUGCAAUUGGCAGAUGCUCUCACCUACAUCCACGCUCAAGGCAUCAUGCAUCGCGAUGUCAAGAGUGCCAAUGUUCUUGUGGAUGUGGAUGCUGCUGGCACGUUCACCACGGUGAAGUUGAGCGAUUUUGGAUUGGCCAAAGGUGUACAGGAACGAGAAGUGGGGGGUACCCGUUUUAGUUCUCGUGUUUGUGGCACCACUGGCUAUAUGGAUCCUGAGUGCCUUCGAGGAGAAGGCCGCUCUGUUGCAUGAACUUCUUUGGCCAGAGAUUGGUCGGGCUUGUAUAGUAUAUAUUACUUGCAUGAAACUGUAAGCAAGAGAAACGGACAAAUCGGAUUCACAGUAAUCGCUUGUGAGUCUUUCUCAAUGAAAGAACUCUUCGAUCUAUAGACGGUGUUAUGGGCAGAAACCUGUGCCAGCCUUAUUUCACCAAUGCUGUACUUCCGGCCGCUCGAGCUUCCAAUCCGAUGUGUACAGCUUUGGGAUCGUCCUACUCGACCUCAUCACAGGAAAAGUGUGCGGCCCAGAGAACGAUCACUACCGAGCAAUCAGGAGGAACCAGACGAUCUCUUUUCAUUGCUCUUGGCCACAGGAGCCACAGUUCUGCAAUGCCCUGAAAGAUCUUGCAUCGAACUGUGUGCAAGAAUUUAGUGAAGAUAGACCUCACAUGGCGAAUGUCCAGCGAACGCUUCAGCACCUGAAUCGUCAAAUUUAAAUCGUUAGAGCCCGCGCAAAAGUCGCGGCAGCCAUUUGUUGGUCCUUAGGGUUGUGAACCCAUGGAACACGC